AUGCUGAACGGGUUGCCUGCACCCUGCCAGCAUGCCGCCGCUCGCCGCCACCAGCAGCGCCGCCAACGAGUGGCGACGCCAACGCGCGUCGCCGCGCCCGACGCGCCCACGGACGCCGCCGCCCGCGCGCCGCGCCCCGCCGCCGGCGCGCCGCAGCAGCUGCCGUCCCUGCAGCGCCCGACGCCGGCGCAGCUGCUGCAGGAGAUCGUGGCGCCCGUUGAGGAGGACAUGCGCGUGCUGAACGCCAACCUGCGGGCCAUUGUCGGCGACCGACACCCCAUGCUCCUUGCCGCCGCCGACCAGAUCUUCGGGGCGGGCGGCAAGAAGCUGCGCCCCAUGAUCGUGCUGCUCAUGGCGCGCGCCACCGCCGAGCUGGGCGGCCUCACAGAUAUCGUGCCCAACCAGCGCCGCCUGGCCGAAAUCAUCGAGAUGAUCCACACCGCCAGCCUGGUUCACGACGACGUGCUGGACGAGGCCGACACCAGGAGGGGCAAGGAGACAGUGAACAGUGUUUUCGGGACCAAGGUGGCGGUGCUGGUGGGUGACUUCCUGUUUGCCCAGUCUUCCUGGUACCUCGCCAACCUGGACAACCUGGAGGUCAUCAAGCUCAUCAGCCAGGUAAUCGCCGACUUUGCCAACGGUGAGAUCAGCCAGGCCGCGUCGCUCUUUGACACCGAGAUCACGCUGGACACGUACCUCGACAAGAGCUUCUACAAGACCGCGUCCCUCAUCGCCGCCAGCUGCCGCAGCAGCGCCGUGUUCAGCGGCGCCGACGAGGCCACCAAGGAGGCCAUGUUCGCCUACGGCAAGCACCUCGGCCUCGCGUUCCAGGUGGUGGAUGACAUCCUGGACUUCACCCAGACCGCGGAGCAGCUGGGCAAGCCGCAGGGCCAGGACCUGGCCAGCGGGAACCUCACGGCGCCCGCCAUCUUCGCGCUGCGGCAGUCGCCAGAGCUGGCCGAGCUCAUCGAGUCGGAGUUUUCCGAGGAGGGUGACCUGCAGCGCGCGAUCGAUCUGGUAACCUCGGCCGGCGGCGUCGAGGCCGCGCGGCGGCUGGCGCGCGAGGAGGCGGACAAGGCGCUCGCCGCGCUGGCUGUGCUGCCCGCCAGCCGCGCGCGGCGGUCGCUCGAGCUCAUGGUCGACUACGUCUUGGACAGGAUCUACUGA